UUAGCUCCUGAUCCUUCAAAAGCCAAGCUUGCAGUUGCAUGUUCUAAGGCGUUUAUUUGGGCAGGAAGUAUUGACAAAAGCCAACCAAUUAUCAAGAAAAUUAUGGACGCUUAUUUUAAGAGCACCAACAAUAAAAAAGCAAUAGAAGAUAUUAAAAAGAUAUUGGAUGAAUAUAAAAAGCAAAUCGGAGAUUCCGGCAAAAAUAUGUAUAAAUGUAUGAAUGAUUUGGACAUAGGCGAUAGAUUUGACGUGCAGAAUUUUGGAGAGUGUAGGAAAACUUUUACCAAUGAAGAUAUAACGAAACUCCUAAUUCCAAUAGUAUUGAAAGAUCUAAAAACAUCUAGUAAAAUCAAGAACGAUAUCAAAAAUGCUAUAAUCGGAAAAUAUGAAUGUAACGAUCCUGAGAAUACGCAAAAACCCGAAUGCCUUCUACCAGCAAAAUAUGAAACAUGUUGCGCUUCUGCAUAAUAAUAAUCUGGUAGUAAUCCUAAUUAAAUAAUUACAAUCCA